UAAAAAAAUCAAAACAAACAAGUGUGAGAUUCAUUUUUUUGCGUAUUUAUCGUCAACAGAGCCAUGUCGUCGCCUCACAACUUUUCCAUGCCAACAAGCAGCGGCGCUCCAUCUUCCGACAUCGUGAAGCAAGGUUGGCUGUACAAACGUGGCGAACACAUCAAAAAUUGGCGAGCUCGUUACUUCAUCCUCAAAACAGAUGGUUCCCUCGUUGGCUACAAAACACUCCCGGAUGCCAUGAUGCUCGCCGAGCCCACAAACAACUUUACAGUUCGCGAUUGCCAAAUUAUGUCGUUCGACAGACCGCGUCCCUUCACCUUCAUCAUUCGCGGAUUGCAAUGGACGACGGUAAUUGAGCGGAUGUUUCAUGUCGAAAGUGAGCGCGAACGUCUUGAAUGGGUCGAGGCGAUACGAAAUGUCGCGAAUCGCCUCACGGAAGUCGAUCAAACGAAUCAAGCGAAUUCCGCGGACAUGAACGACGUGGAAAUGGCUUCGAUUGCGGCGGAAGACGAGCUGUUGAACGAGAAAUUUAGCGUGCAAGGCACGUCGACGGGAAAAAUUUCGGGCAGGAAGAAAGUUACGUUGGAGAAUUUUGAGUUUUUGAAGGUUUUGGGAAAGGGGACUUUUGGAAAAGUCAUUUUGUGCCGUGAAAAAUCGACAGCCAAGCUGUUUGCCAUAAAAAUCCUUAAGAAGGAAGUCAUUAUACAAAAAGACGAAGUUGCUCAUACAAUGUCGGAGAAUCGGGUGCUGCGUAGUACGAAUCAUCCGUUUCUAAUUUCCCUGAAAUAUUCCUUUCAAACUGCCGAUCGCCUGUGCUUCGUCAUGCAAUAUGUCAAUGGAGGAGAAUUAUAUUUCCAUUUAAGUCGCGAUCGUGUCUUUUCGGAAGACAGAACACGUUUCUACGGUGCCGAAAUCAUCUCUGCCUUAGGAUAUCUCCAUUCACAGAACAUAAUUUAUCGCGAUCUGAAGCUGGAAAAUUUACUUCUCGAUAAAGAUGGUCACAUCAAGAUCGCGGAUUUUGGAUUGUGCAAAGAAGACAUCACUUAUGGAAGGACAACGAAAACUUUUUGUGGAACUCCCGAAUAUUUGGCUCCCGAAGUGCUCGAAGACAACGAUUACGGUCGUGCCGUAGAUUGGUGGGGAACGGGCGUCGUAAUGUACGAAAUGCUCUGCGGAAGACUUCCGUUCUACAACACCGAUCACGAAGUUCUGUUCAAACUCAUUCUCGUCGAAGAUGUCAAAUUCCCGCGAAAUAUUUCGCCCGAAGCGCGAAGUUUACUCGGCGGAUUGCUGGUUAAGAAGCCCGAGGAACGUCUUGGCGGAGGACCCGAUGAUUAUCGAGAGAUUCAAUCGCAUGCCUUUUUCGCGUCGAUCAAUUGGCACGACUUGGUUUUGAAGAAAAUUACGCCGCCAUUCAGACCGCAAGUCACUUCCGACACAGAUACGCGGUACUUUGACACGGAAUUCACGGGCGAAUCGGUAGAAUUGACGCCGCCAGAUCCGAAAACGGGACAACAUUUGUCUUCCAUUCAAGAGGAGCCACAUUUUUCACAGUUCAGUUAUCAAGAUGUGUCAUCAACUUUGGGAACGUCAUCCUCAUAUUUCAACAGCGGUUCUCUUCUGUAAUCAAAAAAAGUCUUCUACAAGGAAAAUCCAUAAAAAAAAUAUCAAAAAAUGAAAUUGUAACGAUAAUAAGACAUAUCAUGUUAAGCUAUGUUUAAGGUUAAUAAAUAAGAAA